GUGUUUCUUCUCCCCUAUUUGACAGCAUCGCAGGCGCACUUGAACCGCACUGAACAGUGAGAUGGAGACGGUACGUCGCGCUCCCCUCUAAUCUACCUGCUGACUGCAAUUAUCAUUCAGCGACCGUUAGCUUUGCGGGUAUAUCGCAAAGACCGUUAUUCGCUUCUGAAUCCUUGCCCUUUCUACGGGAGCGUAAAGAAAGGGAACAAUACCAAACCAACACAUCAUAUUAUAUUUUUAUAUUCCGGAAUUUUUUGGUUUGAAUGUGCUCUCGCUGCAUUUCUUCCCUUAAUUCCAACUGUACUCGUCUUUGGAAUGAGCUGUUUCUCUGCCAGCGUUGUUUCCAUUUCAGUAUGGGAACUGCCGUGUCCAAAAGGAAGAAUCUAAGAAACGAUGCGAUAUCUUCCGUGGCGGCAAAAGUUAGAGCAGCCAGAGCGUUUGGAGAGUACCUGUCCCACAAUCACCCGGAGAACCGCAACGGAUCAGAUCACCUGCUGUCUGACUCGUACCUCGGCCAGGAGUCCGACUCCCCGGACAACGGGCGAACCGAAACCAGCAGCCGUCGCCCAUCGAACCCCGCCCCAACGCCGGCAAUCGGCGAGCCGGGCCUGAGCAAGCCGCCGCAGGCCACGCCCACCGAUCGCCGCCUGUCUCUGGAGUGCGGGUUCCCCAGGCAGGGGCCGCAGCAGAGGGGCGGAGUCUACACCAUCACCGGGGAGGGGGGCAUGCUCGGGGGUCGGGGCAGCAAGGAGAGCCUGGAGCUGGAGGUGCUGAAGGCGGGGCGGGACCCGAGGCAGGCCCCGCCCCCUUCCUCUUCUUCCACCUCCCCGCUCCCGCAGCAACGGCAGCGGCACGGCGGGGGCGGGGCCGACGGCGGCGGGGGCGGCGGCGGGGGCGGGGCCAGCGCCCAUCACCACGGUAACCAUCACCACAGCAGCCACCACCACCACCACCACCACCACGGGCACCAGCCCUCCCAGCCCCUGCAGAGCUCGGUCAGCGCCCACAACAUCCGGGGCUGGGGCGAGGGCGACGGCAAGGAGGGGGCGGGCUCCCGGGACGACUGCAGCCUGGGCUGCGACGCCUGUGCCAGCGGAGCCUCCUCCCACAGCCAGCGCUCCCUGGACCUGGAGAGCACCUCGCGCGACGCAGAUGAUGGCAGCUGGUUCCCCAAGGAGAACAUGUUCAGCUUUCAGACGGCCACCACCACCAUGCAGGCGAUUUCGGCGUUCCGGGGCCUUGCUGAGAGAAAGAGGAGAAAGAGACAGGUGGAGUCUGCGGCCAUGAUCCAGAGGAACUUCCGGAAGCACCUGAGGAUGGUGGGAAGCCGAAGGAUCAAAGCGCAGACGUUUGCAGAUCGCAGAGGGAAGAGUUUCAGCCGCUCAUGGAGUGACCCUACCCCCGUCAAGCCUGACUCUCUACACGACCCCAGAGACAGUGGGGACCUGCAGUCGUCCUGCGGGACUCUGGAUGAGGGGGUGUGCGAUGACACCCUGGACUGGGAGGAGGAGAGAGAGCUGGAGAGGGUGGCCUGCGAAGGGGACGACUUCAUCCCCCCUAAAAUCAUGCUCAUCUCCUCCAAGGUGCCGAAGGCGGAGUACAUUCCCAACAUCAUCCGCAGAGACGACCCCUCCGUCAUCCCCAUAUUAUACGAUCAUGAGCACGCCACCUUCGAUGACAUCCUUGAGGAAAUUGAAAAGAAGCUCACGACCUACAGGAGAGGCUGCAAGAUCUGGAAAAUGCUCAUCUUCUGUCAGGGUGGACCUGGUCACCUGUACCUGCUGAAGAACAAGGUGGCCACUUUUGCCAAGGUGGAGAAGGAGGAAGACAUGAGCCAGUUUUGGAGGAGGCUCAGCAGGUUCAUGAGUAAGGUGAAUCCAGAGCCCAACCUCAUCCACAUCAUGGGCUGCUAUGUGUUGGGAAACCCCAAUGGAGAGAAGCUGUUCCAGAAGCUGAAGAAUCUGAUGAGGCCGUACUCCGUCACGUUCGAGUCACCUCUGGAGCUGUCUGCGCAGGGUAAAGAGAUGAUCGAGAUGUACUUCGACUUCCGCCUCUUCCGCCUGUGGAAGACUCGCCAGCAUUCUAAGCUCUUCGACUACGACGACCUCGUGUGACCACGCCCAUGUCCGGCCCUCUCCCCGUCACCCAUAGCAACGCGCCGCGACCCCCUGCGCAACCCCUUCGUCCCGAAGCCCGUCGUCGCGGAGACACUCCCGAAACGAGAAGGACUGCAGGGGGGCUGGGA